AUGUCUCCUGAACUCAAAAUCUUGCAAAUGCAUAUUCUUGUUCUGUUGCUUACUCUGUUUUCAUGUACUUACAACUCCCAUGGCAAAUAUAUCCUGGAAGGAUCUGCAGUUUACGACCCAAACAAUUACAUGAUUUUAACGAACACCACGAAGCAUUCCUACGGUCAAGCUUUCAACAACGUAUCCACUUCCUACAAGAACCAGUCUUUCAGCAUCAACUUCUUGUUCGGGAUCGUCUCUGAGCAUAAGCAGCAGGCCUCGCACGGUAUGGCUUUCGUUUUCUCUCAUACAAGAAGCCUUCCCGGAGCUUCCUCCGAUCAAUACCUUGGAAUCUUUAACGAAAGAAACAACGGCAACGCAUCAAAUAACGUAAUAGCUAUCGAGUUAGAUAUACAUAAAGACGAGGAGUUUGGAGAUAUCGAUGAUAAUCAUGUUGGGAUUGACAUUAAUGGUUUGACAUCUGUUCUCUCUGCUCCUGCUGGUUACUAUGAUGAUAAAGAUGGAAACUUUAGAAACCUUUCUCUGAUCAGCGGAAAGGUAAUGAGACUUUCCAUCGUUUAUAGUCACAUCGAUAAACAGCUCAAUGUUUCUUUGUGCCCUGCUGAAUUCAUUGUUCCUCCGAACAAGCCACUCUUGUCUUUAAACCGAGAUCUCUCCCACUACUUUUCGAAGGAGACCUAUCUUGGCUUCACGGCAUCGACGGGAUCCAUUAGAGCACUCCAUUAUAUGUUGAUUAUGCAGCCCUUUAAUGGACUAACAUAUCCACCGAUGGAGUUUGGCGUUGUCCCCACCCUUCCUCCAUAUCCGAGAAAAGCCUCUGACAGAACAAGGACGAUUUUAGCGGUCUGCUUAACAUUGGCCGUGUUCGCUGCGUUUAUAACCUCCGGGAUUGGUUCUGCCUUCUAUCUGAGGCACCAAAAGGUUAAAGAGGUUCUUGAAGAAUGGGAGAUUCAAUAUGGACCUCAUAGGUUUGCUUAUAAAGAGCUUUACAAUGCCACAAAGGGUUUUAAGGAGAAACAACUACUUGGAAGAGGAGGUUUUGGUCAAGUCUAUAAAGGAACCCUUCCGGGUUCCAAUGCAGAGAUUGCUGUAAAAAGAACUUCUCAUGAUUCAAGACAAGGGAUGAGUGAAUUUCUAGCCGAGAUUACGACCAUUGGUCGUCUCAGACAUAAAAAUCUAGUCAAGCUUUUGGGAUAUUGUAGGCAUAAGGACAAUCUCUACUUGGUUUACGACUUUAUGCCCAAUGGAAGCCUUGAAAAGUAUCUAAACCGUAGCAACACGAAUGAGAAUCAAGAACGGCUGACUUGGGAGCAACGUUUCAAGAUCAUCAAAGAUGUUGCAACUGCUUUACUACACCUGCAUCAAGAAUGGGUACAAGUCAUCAUUCAUCGAGAUAUCAAACCGGCUAAUGUUCUAAUCGACCAGGACAUGAAUGCGAGGCUCGGGGAUUUCGGACUGGCGAAGCUUCAUGAUCAGGGAUUUGAUCCUCAGACAUCAAGAGUAGCGGGAACAUUCGGUUAUAUCGCCCCAGAAUUUUUAAGAACAGGGAGAGCAACCACAAGCACCGAUGUUUACGCUUUCGGGAUGGUGAUGCUUGAAGUAGUUUGUGGUAGAAGGUUGAUUGAGCGACGUGCAGCGGAAAAUGAAGAAGUUCUUGUGGAUUGGAUCUUAGAGCUUUGGGAAAAGGGGAGAAUUUUCGAUGCAGCUGAGGAAAGUAUCCGUCAAGAUCAAAACAGAGGAGAUAUUGAGCUUGUUUUGAGGCUGGGAGUGUUGUGUUCGCAUCAAUCUGAAUCAAUCAGACCAGAUAUGAGUGCGGUUAUGCGUAUCUUGAAUGGAGUUGUGCAGCUUCCAGAAAAUCUUCUUGAUGUGGUAAGGGAUGAGAUAUUGAAAGGGCGCUCUGAGAAAUCACUGGAACUACUGUUUGAUGUGAAUUCAUCAUUUGCUACAUUGGCGUUUACAAGUUCUUUCAUUUCCCAUGGGAGAUGAAACCUUAAGACAUCAUACAAAAUAUGUUCUUGAAUUGUAUAUUUAAACACAUAGCUUAAUAAUGUAUGUUAUUUUUACCAUGAAACUCUUGGUCUACUGGUGCCGUAGUGGCAAGGUCUACUGGAUUCCAAGAUAGCUUCGGAAGGCAUGGGUUUGAGCUUAUACUGCUCUGCGGCACCAAUAAAUU